AUGAAAAAUUGUAGAAAUAGGUCAUGUAUGGAACAAGGAAAACCUCCGGUACAAGGAAACCUUCCUGAACAAGAACCUUCUGAAAAAGGAGAACCUCCGGAAAAAGGACAACUUCCAGAACAAGGAGAACCUUUGGAACAAGAACCUCCAGAACAAAAACCUCAGGAACAACGAGACCCUCUGGAACAUGGAGAACCUCUGGAAGAAGGAAAGUUCCUGGAACAAGGAGAACCUCCGGAACAAGGAGAACCUCCAGAACAAGGAGAACCUCUGGAACAAGGAGAACCUCUGGAACAAGGAAAACCUAUGGAACAAGGAGAUUCUCCGAAACAAGGAGAACCUCCAGAACAAAGAGAACCUCUGGAACAAGGAGAACCUCUGGAACAUGGAGAACCUCUGGAACAAGGAAAACCUAUGGAACAAGGGGAUCCUCCAAAACAAGGAGAACCUCCGGAACAAGGAGAUCCUCCGGAACAAGGAGAUCCUCCGGAACAAGGAAAUCCUCCGGAACGGGAUUCUCUGGGUAGGAGCACGGGACACAGCUGUAAGGAUAAAGAUCCAAGGCAAAUACCAACUGAACCUGUGGUCGUUGCUUCAUUUAAGAGCGUAAAAACGAGCAACUGUAAAGAUAAUUAUAGCACAGGAGCCUCAGGAACAUUAAGUCUAGAUGAAAAACAAAUUGAAAAAAUAAUUAAUGAGAAAAAUUCACAGAGUAGCAGUGCUGGGGAUGACAAAUAUCUUGAUUUUGCAUCAAACGCUGAAAUCAAGCAGGAAGUUGAAGAUAUUAAUACGAGUCAGGAAUUAUGUGAUGAACACAUUCACUUAGGAUUAGUUAAUUCUGAUAAUCUACUUGAAAAAGACACAGGAUCUUUCAAAAAACCGCAUAAAUGUGAUUACUGUGAAACAUCAUUUCGAACCCCUUAUGAGCUGGAACGCCAUGGCAGAAUUCACAGUGGUGAAAGGCCUUUCAAGUGUCAGUUGUGUGAAAUGUGCUUCAAACGGAAAGAUCAUGUUGAAGUGCAUAUGCGACGGCAUAAUGAAGACAGACGCCACGUUUGUGAUAUAUGUGGCAUGUGGUUUGUAACAUCGUCAUGUCUGCUACGACAUAGGAGGCGAACCCACCAGGUAGCUGAUCCUCCUAGUCAUUUAAGGCAAAAAUCUAAACCAAAAAAAAUGCACAGUAGAUGCUCGUAUAAUGCUAACUGGAGAGAAGAUGAGAAGGUAUCACCUGAUGAUGGUAAUCAGAAUUCUUUACCCACGGGGAAACAACGAAGCAAAUCUAAGAGGUAUAAGAGUAGAGCUAAGGGUGAUAGUACUUACCGGCCUGGAGGCAAAACGGUUUGCGUUUUCAAAAAGCGUAAAUUGAGAAAUAGGAGUUACUCGUUUGCUGAAUUAGACGACGAUAUUGAAUGCUUUGAGAGUGAUGAAGGGGAUAAAAUUCCUUAUCUUAAGAUACAAACUAAGAAUAGCGAACAGGAAGUUGACAGUGUGAUCAAUGAAGCCUGUGAACUACAACAUAGUUUGUUUCCUGUUGACUUUUUCAGUCAUUCAUCCUCUCUGGAUCAUGUGCUUUUGCUGGAAGAAAUAAACAAAUUAAUAUCAAAUAGGUCUCUCACUGAUUCUAGAGAAUGUAAGUUAGAUGUCUCUUGUGCCAGUGACCUAAAUUUAGAAGGUGGAUAUCCUAUAUUGGAAGAAAAACACACUGAUGAGCCUAAGUCAGAAUCAGAAAGCGAAGGCUCAGAAGUACCACAAAUUUCAUGUGACGUGACUUUUGAAGAGCCAGAAAAUGAAACUAAAGCUAAUAAUACAAACAGUGAAAAAAAAAACAUUGACCCUAGCUCUAAUGCUACUUUAAGUUUCACCGUGGACAGUGACAAAGAUUUAUCAGUUGACGCAUUGAAAAUGCAACUGAAAGGAAAUACAUCUGAAAAUUACAGUAGUAGACUAUUCCAUAAAAUUGACUUAAGAACAAGUACUAUUUCUAAUAAUAUUUUGUUGAGUCUGCGAAAAUACAGAUGGGAGCGGAAGAAUGUAUAGUGAAAGACAAUGA